UCCCGGACUCCAGUCCCAUUUUUCACCCGACUAUUAGAUCAAUUCGCCGAAAACCCUCAAGAGCCAUGGCUACCAUUGCGGCCACUGCAGCCCGUCGAGCUGCAUCUCUGGCUCGGAUUUCAUCCUCUGCAACACCGGCUCAACCUGCCAAUCUCAUUCCCCGGCGUGGCCUUUCCGGCGCAGCAGAUCAUCAUGGACCACCAAAGGUCAAUUGUUGGACAGACCCAAUGAGUCCAUCAAAAUGGAAGGAAGAGCAUUUUGUGAUCGUCUCCUUGUCUGGUUGGGGUCUACUCUUCUAUGGAGGAUACAAGUUCUUCACUGGAGGCAAGGGCAAGAAGGAAGAGAAACUGGUUGAAGCAGCACAUUGAGCUCUGGAGGUCUUAAUCUUGCUCAAAUGUUCCGGUAAUAAUGUGCUUUACUGAAACUUCACUUGCUGUGGGAUUUGAUUUUUCUUGUAAUAUGAAACAGCAAGUUCUGCUGGCACCUUUAGAAUUUCUUUAGCAUGACCGAUGAUUAAGUGAGGAGGCUGAUUGCUUUCUGAGGAGACGAUCAAAUCAUUUUCUUACAAUUUCUGUGGUUUCAUUGUGCACUUGAUUCUUUAAUAACCAUAUUUAAGUAAUGUGAUGGCGUCGUUAAGGUCCAA